UUACUCUACAGGUACUGCGAUGGCAACUUCAAUCUGUUUGAUGCUCUGGCUGUUACUCGUAGCAGAUACUGUAUGGACACAGAGUGUGAGACAGGCCUAUGAAGUACAGGACUCAGAGGACUGGGAUGUGCAUGACGACUUCUAUUGCCCCAGAGAGUGCUUCUGUCCACCCAGUUUCCCGACUGCCUUAUACUGUGAGAACAGGGGCCUCACAGAAAUCCCCGCCAUCCCUUCACGGAUCUGGUACCUCUACCUGGAAAACAACCUCAUAGAAACCGUACCGGAGAAGCCAUUUGAGAAUGCCACCCAGCUGAGAUGGAUUAAUUUAAACAAGAACAGAAUAACCAACUAUGGCAUUGAGAAGGGGGCCCUGAGCCAGCUGAAGAAGCUCCUUUUCCUGUUUCUAGAAGACAAUGAGCUAGUGGAGGUACCCUCUCCAUUGCCAAGAAGUUUGGAACAAUUACAAUUAGCCAGAAACAAGGUAUCCAGAAUCCCACAGGGGACUUUCAGUAACCUGGAAAACCUGACCCUUCUUGAUCUACAGCACAACAGACUGGUAGAUAACACCUUUCAAAGAGAUACCUUUAAGGGGCUUAAGAACCUCGUGCAGCUAAACAUGGCCAAGAAUGCCCUAAGGAACAUGCCCCCAAGAUUGCCAGCCAACACCAUGCAACUGUUUCUGGACAACAACUCCAUUGAAGGAAUACCUGAAAACUAUUUCAACGUGAUUCCCAAAGUGGCCUUCCUGAGGCUCAACCACAACAGACUAUCAGAUGCGGGCCUCCCAUCGAGGGGCUUUGAUGCAUCAUCGAUCCUAGACCUCCAGCUGUCUCACAAUCGGCUCACCAACUUCCCCCGAAUCAAUGCUAACCUGCAGCAUCUUCACCUAGAUCACAACAAGAUUAGAAAUGUGAACGUCUCGGCAGUAUGUCCUACCACAUUGCGUGCGGAACAGGAUGCCUUCAUUCACGGACCUCAGCUGAGCUACCUGCGCCUGGAUGGAAAUGAAAUCAAGCCUCCGAUCCCGAUGGACUUAGUGACCUGCUUCAAGCUUCUUCAGGCUUUCAUCAUAUAAAACACAGCUUCGCCAGAUGCAGAUCGGUUUAAGAGGACAUGUGUGUGGGAUGAGA